CAAUAAAAUACGUCUUGAGAGUCCAAAAUCAUUUACUACAUGAUGAAGUCUACUGAAAUGCAGUGAAAAUGCUUAAAUAAUUCAAGUUAUGAAAGCAAAAAAUAUCACUGUAUAGGGUUUUUGCUUUUUUGUAAUAUCACACAAGCAAGAGUGUCGUUUUCAUAAAUAUCAGCGUGUAAUUUUCAGUUCAACAGAUUUUAGAGACAAUAUUGUCUGGUUCUCUUUUCUAUUUCGCAAAUGAAAAUAGUUCCAAACAAAGAUGGAGCAGAACAUUUAUGUGUCUCUGAGCAACAGAGCAGUGUUUCUUUCCUGAAUUAAUCUGUUUUUGAAUGAGUCAGUGAUUCAAUAAUUCAUUCAUAAAGACAGCCACAUGUUAUAUUACUAAAUCAAUCAGCCAUUUUAAACAAAUAAUUUGAAUAAACAAUUCAAUGAAUUGAGGGACUUGCAAGCAACCUGCUGUCAGUUUUAGAGUCAUAUUUAUUUAUCAAGGAUAAAUCAGCAAGGUACCAGCAUAAAAACACACUAAAAUACACACUAAAACACAAGCAAAAUACUAUAAAAAAUAUUGAGCUAUAAUUUUUUUUCAGUAUUGCAGUAAAUCUUUUCAAAAGAUACAUCCCUAUAUAAUUUUUUGCAGCAAAUUGGUUUACAUUCAAUUUAGUUACAAUGCAGGCCUUUGUUACAAAAUCCAUACUGGUUAAAUAAAUGACAUAAAUAACAAAAACAGCUGUACAGUGAGAUGUUUACAAAUCCCAAUAAUCUAUAGACCCUUUUUGUGCUGAUGUCAUGAUUACGUCACUGCGCUAGCUGGAGGCAAAACAAAGGCGGCCCAUUCAAAGCAGCACAGAUUCAGCUACAUAAGGAGCUUAAAAUAUCAUCUUGUUGUGAUGUUGGGUGCCAGAAUCGUCAUAGUACAGGCUCCAAUUUGAAAUUUUAUCGCAUAAGUUACCUGCUGCCACUCCCAGACAAAAAAAAACGACGACAGUUGUGGUUAAACAUGAUAAAACGAGCGGACUGGACAGAAACAAUCGCCAAAAAUGCUCUUGUUUGCAGCGCACACUUCUUAUCAGAAAAGGUUAAAUAAAGUAUUGUCUUUUGUUGUUAUGGAUUAUGGUUUGUGUCUAAAGAUUUCUUAUGCAUCUCACGACUAUGUCGUGUAUGAAAUGUCUGUGUGCAUGUGUGUAAAACAACAAACUGACGAUUUAUAUGCUUAAUCAUCUGUAAUAUACAUUGUUGUGAUAGACAGUGGCUGGAAUUUCUAAGAACUUGGUAAGAAAGAAUAAUCAAACACAGAAAGUUCAAAAUCAGUUUCUAUGUCUACAAAAUAUUCACAUUUUACUUUACAGUACCUUUCCAAUACUUUACAUGCAGUACACUUAAGGUUACCAUAAACUUAACUUACAUCAUUUACAGGAUAUAUACUUUAAAAUAACUAUUUGGCCAUACAUACAUCUUCAAAUAAUAUAUCCAUCACAUUGAAUGUUUAACUUACUUUUUGUAUUUUGGCCCAGUUCACUCUCAUGUAGCUGUAAAAAUAGUUGCCUGCUGAAAUUGAAAUAUAUAUAUAUAUACACACACACACAUGUUCGUGACUAGAUAGACACAGGUGAGUUUCUCUUUACUACACGUUAGGUUUCUCUAUAGAUGUGAGUCACUCAACCUGAGGUAAUCCUGUCAGAUCGUCCAUUGAGUGAGUACAGGUCGGACAAUUUGGUUUCGUCCGUUAAAGUUAACUUAUUUAAAUAAAAGUCACGGUCCUGAUCUUACAUUUGCAGGUAAAAUCGGAUUUUCUCAAGCUAAGUUUUUUCUUAAAAAAAAAACAAGCUAACAAACUUCAUAGCUAGUGAAGCAGUCAGUGGAAUCUUUCUGCCUCCACCUAAGCUCCACCCACAAAAAAACGUCACAUUGUUUACUAACAGAAAAAGGGUCUAUACAACUACUAAUGCUGCCUUCUCGUGCUAUCGGAAUUAUCGUAAAUACGAGUUUCCUAAUCGGAAAUUGGACGUGAACAGCCUCUCAAGUCGUAUUUACUACUGGGAAAUUCGGAAAUAAUUUUGAUAACCGAGUUUCCGAGUUGGGCGGGUCAUAAACUUUAAACAUGGUGGAGGGGACAACCAUUGCUGCUGUCAAUGCUGUUCUCACAACAACUACAUCCCUUUGUCUUGUCGCUAAAGUAGUGUAUUUAUAGGCUAGAUAUGAACGAUCAUGCAAAGCAUAUUGUAUGUUUUAUAAUCAGUGAAAUAAGCAUGUAUUUGACCGAAAUUCCAGAAUUGUCAGCAAACUGCAUGUAUAGCGCGGUGAAUGUUUAUAUGAUUGUCAACCAAUGGGAUGCUACAUUUUAUUCUUUCCGACAUUAAAGCACUUGAAUACGACAAGCUCGUAAUCACGACUUCAUAAGUGGGAAAUAGGAAAUUUCCGAUAGCACGUGAAGGCAACAGGAUGUUGUAAUGUUGUCUCUCUGCAGGAAGUUAAAUUGCACAGGAGCUGUGACCCUGACCAGGCUGAUUAUGAGAAGAACUGAGCCAUCAUACUCUUGUGAUUUAAAAUCAAGCAACAUGGUUGCAGUGGAAGGAGAUAAAAGACGAAAAAGUCUAACAUCAGCACUGCAAUCAAAAACAUGGAAACAGACAUCACUAACAGCAACAAUAACACUGACAGUAGUGGCGGUUGCUGUAGUAGUACAUAUGGCAGGAAUGGCAGAAGUAGAGGAUGCCAUAGCAAGAGCAGUUGCAGCAGCAAUUGUAGGAGCAGCAGCAGGAUCGGUAGUAGCCAUUUUACGAUCAUCAUGGAAAGCAGAACCAAGAGCAGUAGUAGCAGUAGCAGGUGCAGUUGUGGGUUCAGUACCGGGGGGCAUUGCAGGAAUAGCAGCAACAAUUUUGGGAUCAUUGGUAGGAGCACAGUCACAAACCGGAUUAGCAGUAGCUGGAGCAAUGUCAGGAGCCACAACAGUAAUUUCAGCAAGAGCACAAUUACAAUGGGCAAUAAACAAAACAUGGUGGGCAACAGAUAAACUACAAUGGGUAAGAAAUUGGGUAAAAGAUAAAUUACAAUGGGUAAGAGAUAAACUACAAUGGGUAAAAGAUAAAUUACAAUGGGUAAGAGAUAAACUACAAUGGGUAAAAGAUAAACUACAAUGGGUAAAAGAUAAAUUACAAUGGGUAAGAGAUAAACUACAAUGGGUAAAAGAUAAAUUACAAUGGGUAAAAGACAAACUACAAUGGGUAAAAGAUAAAUUACAAUGGGUAAAAGACAAACUACAAUGGGUAAGAGAUAAAUUACAAUGGGUAAAAGAUAAAUUACAAUGGGUAAAAGAUAAACUACAAUGGGUAAAAGAUAAACUACAAUGGGUAAAAGAUAAACUACAAUGGGUAAAAGAUAAACUACAAUGGGUAAGAGAUAAAUUACAAUGGGUAAAAGAUAAACUACCAUGGAUAGCAGAGAGGCUUAUAGAUGUAAUAGAACAAGCAUCAUUUAUGCAAUUAGGAUCAGCAGCAAUAGCAGCAGCAUUAUCAGGAUUGGUUGCAGCUGGAGCAGGAGGAGCAGCAUUAAUCGUUGGUUUACCGCUAUUAUUUGGAGGGUUAUUAGGAGGAGUAGUAGGGCUUGCGGCAGGAGCAACAUCACAAUGGAGAGGACAGAAACAAGCAGCAAGAACGACAGACAACUCUCCAAAGACCAAUGAACCUCCACAGACAGACAACGUUCCACAGACCAAUGAACCUCCACAGACAGACAACGUUCCACAGACCAAUGAACCUCCACAGACAGACAACGUUCCACAGACAGGCGAAUCAUGGACCAAGGAGAAAAUCCAAACAGAGCACUCCCCAUUAAUGCCAGAGAACAUCAUGAAGGAACUCCUGGAAAAUUUGGGUUUAGCAGAUUACUAUGAUAAGAAGCUCACUCUACACACAGUGCUGCAGAUCAACAAGACCAGUGUCACAGACGUCCCUGUUCAGUCCCUUUCAGAUCUGCCAUGGCUGUUUUUGAAGAGACUGAUGAUGCUACAAAGGACAGCGAGGAGCGUUAAGUGUUCCUCAUUAAAUGCUGCAGAAGAUUCAGAGAGUGAUGAUGAUCAGGAAGCGGAAUCAGACUGUCCUCAGUCAGUAAAUCCUUUAGACGUUUUGACUGCUGUGUUUCUUUGUUCUGACAGUUUUCUUCAGCAGGAAAUGAUCAUGAAGAUGUCCAUGUGUCAGUAUGCGGUUCCUCUGCUGCUUCCAAACAGUGAUAAAAAUCAGAUCACUCUUAUGCUUUGGGCAAUGAGAGAUAUUGUGAAAAAAUACAGACCACAGUCAUUAUCAGAUACAAGUGGAUUUGUGGAAGAAAGGAUUGCUUUGUCAGAAAUGCCUUUAGUGUCUUUUGUUAGACUUGGUAGGUGCAACAUUUCCAAAUCAGAAAUUCUUAAUAAGUUGUUCAGCAAUCCACAGCAGUACACUGAUACCUUUGUGCACUUCAACAUGGAUUGUGGAAACAUCAACAAGAAAAUAUCAAAUGGCUUGGUUGAAAUAUCCUGGUAUCUUCCUUGUGGAAACAAGAACAUUGACGUCUUUCCUGAGCCUGUAGCGAUUGCCAACUUGAGAGGUGACAUCCAGAAUUUUAAAACACAGUACGCUUUUCUUUGUGAGGCUUCAACUGCUGUGUAUGUAUUCUUUGAAUCACAACUUUUAGAUACACAGAUAAUUUCAGUCCCCAAUCAGAAAUCUAUGCCUCAGCUAUUUUUUGUGGGGGACUCCAUCAAUGAUAGCAUAAAAGCUACAAUCAGCAAGCUCAAUCUGAACAAAAGCAAUUUAAUUUUUAAAGCUAAGCAAAAUGAUGCAGACUUUGUUAACAAAAUCCUGAGCAAGCUGCAAGAUGCAAUUAAGUACAAUAAUCAAAAAACCUCUGUUGCUCAUUUAGCUGAGAUUGCAAGAAAUCUGGCAAUCUUGGUGGAUGAGGAUGCUGAAGAAUGUCAGCGUGCCAAAGCAAGCGCAGAUGAAAUCACAUCAAAAAUUAAUGAUAUAGUACAGUUUAAGAAGGAGGAGCUGCCCUUGCAAGGGGAAAUCUUGAUGAAAUUGGCCAAGUUAGAGAAAGAGAAAAUUCGGAUGAAGAAAGUUGGAGAUAAGAGUGUUGAGGGCUACAAAAAUGAAAUUGAGAUCGAGAAAAAGAAGCUCAGAGAAGAGCAAAUCAGAAGAGGCAUGUCUGCUACUAUGAGCUGCUUCAUCAAUGCAAUAUCAUCACCAGAAAGGGGCUACUUCUUAAAAUGUUUGAGAAUCAAUUUGGAGAAUCUCUCACAUGAAGUACUGCCUCAACUCAGAGAACUGUACAAACAGAAAUGUCAAGAUGUGUGUGGGAACAAGACCGAAAUAGCUGCGCUUGAUAAAAAGAUUUCAAACAGUUCUUUAGGAGUGGAGCACUUCAUUCGAGAGAUGAGCCAGCUUUAUGAAGCUGCAGUCUCACUCACAGAAGAUACACUUUCCCGAAAACAGCUGGAACAUUUACCUAAACUCUGUGCUCAACUACUGCUGGAGGGCUUUUCACUUGAACUUGUGGAUGGAGAUUCUUCAAAUAUUCCUGUAACGUGGAUGACUAGUGUUUCUGAAUUAAACACACUGGUGGAGCCCAGAAACAAGAUUGUAGUUGUCACCGUUUUAGGUGUUCAGAGUUCAGGAAAGUCAACGCUGCUGAACACCAUGUUUGGAGUUCAGUUUGCUGUGAGCAGUGGAAGAUGCACAAGAGGAGCCUUUAUGCAGCUCAUUAAAGUAACAGAAGACUGUGACGCAAAACUCAAUUGUGAUUAUAUAGUGAUAAUUGACACUGAAGGACUGAAAUCCCCUGAACUCGCACAACUGGACAACAGCUAUGAACAUGACAAUGAGUUGGCAACACUUGUUGUUGGACUGAGUGAUGUAGCAAUUGUAAACAUCGCCAUGGAGAAUUCAACAGAGAUGAAAGACAUUUUACAGAUCAUUGUCCAUGCGUUUCUCAGAAUGAAGGAAAUAGGUAAGAAACACACAUGUUUGUUUGUACACCAGAAUGUGGCUGAUGUCUCAGCUCAUGAUUCAAACAUGAGGGACCGUAAAUUUCUGUUGGAGCAACUGAAUGAAAUGACACAAGCUGCAGCCAAAAUGGAGAACAAACUGGAGUUCAAGAAAUUUACAGAUGUGAUGAACUAUGACACUGAGACGGGUGACCGCUACAUCCCUGGACUAUGGCAUGGAAACCCCCCGAUGGCACCAGUGAGUAUUGGCUAUAGUGAGUCUGUGUAUGAUCUCAAAAAGCAUAUAAUGAAGAUCUUCAGAGGUUACAAGCCCAGUGACAUGAAUGAAUUUCUUAGAUGGACCAAAGACUUGUGGACUGCUGUAAAAUUUGAGAAAUUCAUCUUCAGCUUCAGAAACAGCCUAGUGGCUGAUGCAUACAUCAAACUGUGCACAGAGUACAACACAUGGGACUGGACACUGAGAAAGCAAAUGCACACAUGGACAUUAGAGGCUGAAACAAAGAUCUUAAACUAUGGAAAAUUUAAAAACUCUAAGGAGUGCACAGUUGAAGACGUCUAUUGUAAUUUACAACGAGAAGCAGAAUCUGAGCUUUCAAAAGGACAAGAUGAAAUUAUUGACCAGAUCCAAUCAUACUAUGAACAAGGAGAAGGUCACGUUGAACUUGUGGAAAGUUAUCAACAAGACUUUAUAAACUCUGCCAAGUCUUUAAAGACAGAGCUUUCAAAUUCUAUCACUAGAAAACUGGAUGCAGCUCUUUCAUGUCGAAAUGGAAUGAUGAUGGUGGAAGGAAUCAAAAAGACAUACAUGGACACAAUGGAGAAAAAAGUGCUGAACUUGCUGAAAGACUGUCAUGAGAAAAAGUCAGCCAUGUCAGACUCAAUGCUGGAUGAAGCAUUUGAAAAGAUGUGGCAGGAGACUGUCAGCACACUGUCAUACGCAGGGUUCCAACAACAAGAUAUCAAGGCAAAAGUUUUUCUUCAUUUGAUGAGAAAUCUUGAAUCUAGAGGAAGUUCAAUCGCUCAAAGAUUACACAAAGUGAAUAAUCUGGAUAAUCACGGCCAUGGAAAUUUUGUUGUCCACAAAGGUAACAUUAUAUCGAAGAAGUGGUACUCUCAGUGGAUCAAGACUGUUCAAGAGAUGUCAGACAACCUUAUCAGGGACUGUCACAAAUUUGUUAAAGCAAAAAGGGAAAGAAAGGAUGAUUAUGAUGACACAUACAUCCGGGAAAUUCUCAACAUGAUUGAUGAUAAACUUAAGUCUCGUGAAGAUCUUGAGCUAAAGGAAGAAUUUGAACUGUCCCUUAAAUUGCACAUCUGUGGCUUUGCAAGCAGAGAACUUCAAAAUAUUCACAAUCAAUUUAUCCAGGACAAUAACCCACGAACAGCCAUGGAGAACUUCAAAAAAUCAUACCAUUCUGACUUUAUUGACCUUUACCGUGAACGAGACCAGUGUCAGAAGAAAGCUGAUGAAUUCAUGAGUAACUGCCUAAAACCUGCCUUGGAAAGAAACAUGUCUGAGAAGAUGGGCAUGGAAAUGGCAGAUGAGAUGGUGACUGGUGAAAACUCUGCAGUUUUUGGAACAAGGAUGUCAUUUCAGAAAUCAGUCUUGAGAAAUCUUCUUGAUGAAUCUAAAUUUAACACAUAUUUGUGUUUCAUUACGUCAUAUGAAACAUUUGUUAAAAAGUUCAUUUUUGACAAAGUUGAAAAGCACUUUACAGCAGAGAACAGAAUGAUCAAAUUAGAGGAAAAGCUCCUUAGUGAAGUCAUCCGUGACAUUACUAAGGCAAUCGAAAAAGCAGAACAAGACUCAAAGAAAAACGACAUCAAGGGAUUCAUUGAAAACAUCUGCAAGGAACUUGAAGGCAAGCUUGUUUUUCCCAGGGACGUAGUGGACAAAAUCAGCACACUGAACAAUGCAAAUCAGAAAAAAUUCACUGAAUCUCUUCAAUGUUCUGUGAAGAACAUGAAUAAAUCACUGAAAUCUGGUUUUCAAGAAAGAGAUUUUCAAAGCAAAAUAGAUCGUCUUCAAACCAAACCACAGGAUGUGCUGUUCAAACGAGUGUGGGGCUGUGGGAAACAGUGUCCAUUCUGUGAAGCACCAUGUGAGGCAGGAGGAGAAGCCCACACUAAACACAUGGUCUCAGUCCACAGACCAAAAGGUCUUGGUCGCUACAGAUUUGAUGAAUCUAAAAAACUAGUGACCGAUAUCUGUACAUCAUCGGUGCACAGUGACAAAAAAUUCAAGUGCCGUGACACCAAUGAUCAGUGGCAUCCAUAUAAGGAGUACAGUAAAAUCUAUCCAGACUGGCAUAUCGAUCCAGACCCCAGCAUAGAAGCCUCAACAUACUGGAAAUAUGUGAUGGCAAAAUUCAAUACACAGUUUGCUGAGAAGUACAAUGCAGAGCCUGCAGAUAUACCCUCAUGCUGGGAAAAGAUCAAAGAAGACCAAGUAAAGGAAAGCCUAGAGAAAACAUGAAACACCAACUCUCUGGCCUCUGCUUAAAUUAGUUUGGUAUGUGAUGGUAAAAAUAUUAAAACUGUCUUCUUAAUAUUUAGGUAUCUGUAGGGGGAAAAAAAUUAUAUCUAACAAUGGAAGAACAAAAAUCUGCAUUGGUUAAGUAGGUAAUGAUUUCAUAUCAUGAUUACUCCAUGAAAUAAAAAACAAUUGAGUGCCAUUAGACAAAAUUCUUCACAAUAUUCUUCAGCAAUAGACAGACUACAGAGCUUGCAGUUGUUCUUGCAUUGAAAGAAACCAUGAAAAGUUGUGAUUUUAGUUUUCUUACAAUAAAUCCAUCAUUCAAAAGUUGUGUAUAUAAGAUCUACUCUUUACUAUUUGCUAUUAUUUCAUCUAUACAUUCAUGGAUACAUUUGUUCUCUUGACACAAAUUACGAGUUAUUGAAAAUGUUAUUGGAAUGAUUUUUUUAGACAUUUUGUUUAAUGAUUGUUUUCUUUCUUUCUUUGACUGUUGAGAACAGUUUUUAUUUAACAUGCUCUAAACAUUACUCUCUGAUUUUUAGUCAUAUUCUCACAGGCUGUGUUUUUGAGUUUCAUUAUAUUUGAGUUUAAUUUCAAUAAAUUUAAUCUGAUCUAUUGUACCUGUAUUGAGAGCUGUUGUUCUGUGUGUUAUAUGUAUACAGGCAUGUCUGUAUGAUUGAAGUCACAACACUGCUGACAUCUGCAACACGUUAAUUAAUUCUGGAGACCUCAUUUGCCAAUCACAUGUAAACAAUGUUACCUGAAUAAAUUCUGAUAAUCA